GGCCGUCCCUGAGUUUCACGCAGGCGCGCAGUGCACAGAAGGAUUUGAAAAUGUCGGUUGCAGGUUAAAAACGAGAAGAAAUUGGUUUCCAGGAAGCUCAAACACAGCACACCAGUUUGGUUGUCUCUGUCUAGAUAUUUAAGGAGCAAGGGAUUCAAUUGACCAUCCUUCCUGCUCAAACUGUGGGGAGGGAUUCACUCGAUCAUUUGACCAACUGGCAAGAACAUCAUUUUGUACAGGAGAAAGGCCGUUCACCUACUCAGUGGGAAUGGAUUCAUUCGGUUAUCACAAUUGAAGGUUCAUCAGGAAGUUCACACUGGGCAAGGCCAUUCACGUUCUGUGUGUCAGAAGGGAUUCUGUCGGACAUCCCACCUGCGAACACAACAAUCAGUUCACAGCACACCGGGCAGAGGCUGGUCAUCUGCUGAAUUUCUGGGAAAGGAUUCACUCAGUCAUCUGUCUUAAUGGCUCACCAGCAAGUUCACACCAGGGAGCGGCCGUUUACCUGCUCAGUCUGUGAGAAGAGAUUUACUCAGUUAUCCAACCUACAGAGUCACCAGCGAGUUCACACUGGGGAGAAGCCAUUCACGUGCUCAGUCUGUGGGAAAGGAUUCACUCUGUCAUCCACUCUGCUGGUACAUCAGCGAGUUCACACUGGGGAGAAGCUGUUCACCUGCUCAGACUGUGGAAAGGGAUUCACACUGUCAUCCCGCCUACUGGUACAUCAGCAAAUUCACACUGGGGAGAAGCCGUUCACCUGCUCAGUCUGUGGAAAGAGAUUCACACAUUUAUCCCAACUACAAAGUCACCAGCGAGUUCACACUGGGGAGAAGCCAUUCACCUGCUCAGAAUGUGGGAAGAGAUUCACUGACUCUUCCACCCUACAGAGACAUCAGCGAGUUCACACUGGGGAGAAGCCAUUCACCUGCUCAGUCUGUGGGAAAGGAUUCAGUCAGUCAUCCGAACUGCAGAAACACCAUCCAGCACACACUGGGGAGAAGCCGUUCAACUGCUCAGACUGUGGGAAGAGAUUCACUCACUCAUCCACCCUACAGAGACACCAGCAAGUUCACACAGAGGAGAAGCCAUUGACCUGCUUAGUCUGUGGGAAGACAUUCACUCAGUUAUCCCACCUACAUAGUCACCAGCGAGUUCACACUGGGGAGAAACCGUUCAUCUGCUCAGUCUGUGGGAAGAGAUUCACUCAGUUUUCCCUCCUACAGAGACACCAGCGAGUUCACACUGGGGAGAAGCCGUUCACAUGCUCAGUCUGUGGGAAGAGAUUCACUCAUUUAUCCACCCUACAGAGACACCAGCGAGUUCACACUGGGGAGAAGCCGUUCACAUGCUCAGUCUGUGGGAAGAGAUUCACUCAUUCAUCCACCCUACAGAGACACCAGCGAGUUCACACUGGGGAGAAGCCGUUCACAUGCUCAGGCUGUGGGAAGAGAUUCACUCAUUCAUCCACCCUACAGAGACAUCAGCGAGUUCACACUGGGGAGAAGUCAUUCACCUGCUCAGAAUGUGGGAAGAGAUACACUGACUCUUCCACCCUACAGAGUCAUCAGCGAGUUCACACUGGGGAGAGGCCGUUCACCUGCUCAGUGUGUGGGAAAGGAUUCACUUGGUCAUCCGACUUACGGAGUCAUCACCGAGUUCACACUGGGGUGAAGCCAUUCACCUGCUCAGUCUGUGGGAAGAGAUUCACUCAGUUAUCAAACCUACAGAGUCACCAGCGAGUUCACACUGGGGAGAAGCCGUUCACCUGUUCAGAAUGUGGGAAGAGAUUCACUCUGUUAUCCCACCUACAGAGACACCAGCGAAUUCACACUGGGGAGAAGCCGUUCACCUGUUCAGAAUGUGGGAAGAGAUUCACUGACUCUUCCACCCUACAGAGACACCAGCGAAUUCACACUGGGGAGAAGCCGUUCGCCUGUUCAGAAUGUGGGAAGAGAUUCACUGACUCUUCCACCCUACAGAGACACCAGCGAAUUCACACUGGGGAGAAACCAUUCACCUGCUCAGAAUGUGGGAAAGGAUUCACUCAGUCAUCUGACCUGCAGAAACACCAUCCAGUACACACUGGGGAGAAGCCGUUCACCUGCUCAGUCUGUCAGAAGAGAUUCACUCAGUCAUCCACCCUACAGAGUCACCAACGAGUUCACACUGGGGAGAAGCCGUUCACCUGCUCAGUCUGUCAGAAGAGAUUCACUCAGUCAUCCACCCUACAGAGUCACCAACGAGUUCACACUGGGGAGAAGCCGUUCACCUGCUCAGUCUGUCGGAGGGGAUUCACUCAGUCAUACACCCUACAGAGUCACCAGCGAGAUCACACUGUGGAGAAGCCGUUCACCUGCUCAGUCUGUGGGAAGAGAUUCACUCACUCUUACAACCUACAGAGACACCAGCGAGUUCAUACUGGGGAGAGGCCAUUCACCUGCUCAGAAUGUGGGAAGGGAUUCACUCAGUCAUCUCACCUACAGAGUCAUCAGCGAGUUCACACUGGGGUGAAGCCGUUCACCUGCUCAGUCUGUGGGAAGGGAUUCACUCAGUCAUUCACCCUACAGAGACAUCAGCGAGUUCACACUAGAGAGAGGCCAUUCACCUGCUGAGAAUGUGGGAAGGGAUUCACUCAGUCAUUGCACCUACUGACACACCUGUCAGUUGACAAUGGGGAGUGGCCAUUGUAAUGAAUCCCUGGGUUUUGUUUGCUGUGGACUCAUUUCAAGAGGGAGAGAGAGAUUAAGAAUGCGAAUCAGUCUGACUUGCAGCUUGUUUACAUCACUCGCAGCUUGUUUAGUUUUAACCGAGGACACAGACACUCAGAGUCAGAAGGAGA